AGAAAGUAAUUUAAGAAGCGAGGGGAUCUUUAUAAACUGUCAACUUUCAUGAUGGAAUGGAAAAACAUGAUUAUAUUUGUUUUGACUAUUUUCACAUUUAUGAUAGGGAAUCUUCUCGGAUUAGAGAAAAGCAUUGACAAUGUAUCGGAAAACAAAGAAACCAAAGAGUUCAAAAGAUCUCUGAGUGAUUUGGCGGGUUUUGAUAUGAAUGCUUUUGCCAGGUACUUUCCAAGAGCGUAUAUUCCCAGCACACCUGCUCCCGAGGACGUCAACUGUUAUAUGGAGGUGGAGACAACAAAAGUUGUCGGUGGACGAUGUGUAAAUAUGGGACGAUCCCCUAUCAGAGCCUGUCAGUCUGGGAUACACUCCGAAAUAUACCACCCAGAUUGUAUGAGAACCACUACACAGGAGACAAGGACCUCGAGCCCAACACAGAGUACAUAACAAAGACUCACACAAGAAGAAUGAAUGUUUUUUUUUAACAACAUGUUUUCUUUUUCCAUUGAAAUCAAACAAGUUGUGUAGCAUUUCUUUUGCACAUUGUUUUUGUAUCUGUGUUCUUAACGCAUUGUAUAUCAUUUUGCGUGUAACAGUGAGGGAAAAAAUAUAACCACCGACUUAGCAAAAAUCCUACUAUCGCCUGGAAACACGAUAUAUUCGUAACAUAAGACAUUGUACUAGUAUCGAAGUUUGUUGUAUAAUAAAUUGUACUUAUGAUUUUAGUCAUCAGAAAAUCUGAAGAUCUAAUUAUUUAAUUAUUUAAGGUACAUGUAAUAAAAAAAAAAACCAAAGAAUAAAAGGGUAGAUUUUUUUACUU